ACGCAGACAAAAUACUCGAUCCGUGUCAGUUGAUAGAGACAGGUUGAAAAAAGGUCAUAUUUUUUUGAGAAAAACAACAACGGAAAUUCAUACUUGCUAAUGUCGACUAGACCAUAAGCAAAACGGCGUCACAUCGGUUGAGCGAGAAGCGCAUUAUGGAAUCUUCAUAAACCUGCCUCGAUCGUUGCAUCUACUAUUUUAUCAACCAAUGGCCUCUUCUGGUGUAACUACUAUAUGAAUAUUAAUAUACAUGCAAAUAUCUGGUAGCGCACCGCUUGAACCCACAGAUCUGUUUAUUUGUGCGGUUAUUUGUAUGUAAUCUACGUUUUAUCUGAUGUUUCCGAAAACGCGAAUAAUAAAAAAGAGCGUUUUGUAAUAUUAGUUGUUAAGGGGGUUUAUCCCUUUGUUUUUUUACAGUAACAUUUUAUAUCGUCGCAAUGAACUGCACCAUGGAUUUCAAUCAGAUAUUACCGGGUAGCAUAGUGCCAGUUUAAACGGCUGAAAAUGGAAUCGCUGUUCAUGUAAACAAGAGCCCGCAAUCCUGUCAGAUCCGCUCCGUUUAUUUAUUCUAUCUUCCAGUAUUUCUUGACACAUCUGAAAAAGUGUUUUUUCCCCCUUUUCUUCUACCGUUCUUCCAUGAAGACAGCAAUGUCAUCAUCAACAUCCCGGCGUGGUUUUGUUGUUGUCUGAUUUUACUACUGGAUAUCGGCAGUUAUCCCCGUGCCAAGCCGUACAUCAGUUUUAUAUAAGGUGACUCAAGCGUGGCCUACAGGGACAUCCAUCUCCUUCUCCCUAUUGGUUUUCUAUACCAUGAGCUCUGGCUCUACCCAGGAUGUGGCGGUGGAGCAUUUCUUGCGUGACAUAGAAAGGCGGGGAAAGCGGCUACAUUGCGCUGUGAUUGGCUGCGAGGAGGAGCAGCGUCCCCACGGCGACAUGAAUCUGCUGUAUCGUAAGAGUCGUCUGGACUGGAGGCACAAGGACCAGGAGGCCAGUAAGAAGAGCUCCAGCCACAAGGACCCCUCUUCAGCCACGGUGGGCAAGGUCCGUGACCUAGCCUCCUUCAGACGCCACUUCCGCAUGGGCUUCAUGACCAUGCCUGCCUCACAGGACCUGUCUCCUCACUCCUGUGCCUCCGCCAUGGCCCCUCGCUCUCAGUCCUGCCACGCCGUGGGUGCCGGGGACACGGGCAUGGAAAACGGGGAAGAUUACUCGGACACCCAAUCACAGCAUGGUGGGCGCUGCCCCCCAGCCAAACCCAAACGGCACCCCAGUACCCGCCUCAGCUCCUCCUCCUCUGACCCCAGAGCGCCUCACGCCCCCCCGGAUGCCCCACCGCCACCCCCGCCCACACACCCACAGGCCAAACACUCUGAAAAAAAGAACGCCAUGAAGAAGUCGGACUCGGGGGACAUGUCCAAGAAGGUGCCCCCUCUGAAGCCCAAGCGAAGCCCCAGCACUCAGCUCUCGUUUGACCCCCCUGCGACUCGUGCGGCCCCCCCCGUUCUGUCCCUACCUUUCCAGGGCGUUGAGGGCCGGCCCCCGGGAGAGGAGGGGGACGACGAGCCGGUCUACAUUGAGAUGGUGGGCCAGGUGUUCACUAGGGAGAGUCAGACUGCCACCUCUCACCCCGUAACACCUGUCGCCACCACGCCCGACUCGGACUCGGAUCAAAGCGAGGCUAUUUACGAGGAGAUGAAGUACCCCCUGCCCGAGGACAGAGAGGGACACAAACGCCUUCCUCUCAAACACGAGAGACUGAAAUCCUCCAAACACCACCACUCCUCCGCUGGCUCGUCCAACCCUCUACCUCGUCCCUCGUCCUCUUCUCCUUCCUGUUCCAAACCGAAAGCUGCGGUGUCCAUCUCCCAUUCCUCUCCCCUGCCCUCAUCCACCUCCUCCACUCCUGUUCCCCUCUCCUCCAGCCCACACCCCCCACGAGCCCCGACCCCCUAUCUCCUCCAGGGGAACAAAUCAGCGACAGAGUCCAACACUAAGAUCCCGGCCCCCUUCCCUAACCUGUUACAGCACCGACCCCCACUCCUUGCCUUUCCCCAGCCUGCUGCUGCCUCCAGUGGGGUUGGGGUCCAGCACAAAGCUGCUGCUGCCGCCAAACUGGGAACGAUCAGCAUCCAGACCUCCUCCAGUAUGACAGCUCCAUCCAGUACCUCCUCUGCCUCCACCACCCCAUCCUCCAACAUACCUAUGCCGCUCUCAGGCUCUAAGGAGUCCAAAGAGAGAGACAAACAGAGCAGGGACACAGACCGAGACAGAGACAGCCAGCUCGGCCCUGCACCAGGGCUAAGGGCCAGGAGCCACUCCACUCCCCUGCCCCCCUCCUCCAAGUCCACAUCCCCCUACUCCCACCACCAGCACCACCCACACCACCGCCCUUCACACUACCACCACUAUCGCAAGCCAGAGAGAGGUGACUCACCCAACCCCAUCACCAACAACAAGAAUGGCUCAGAGACCUCCUCCAAGUCCACUGCCCAGACCCAGACGCAGACCCAGGGCUCGGGCAAGGAGGGUAAAUCUGUGAGCUUCUGUCUGAAGUCCGACAAAGGAGAGAGAGACAGGGACCGAGAGAGAGACAGGGACCGAGAGAGAGACAGGGACCGAGAGAGAGACAGAGACCGGGACAGCGACAGAGAGAGACACAGGGAGAGAGACAGAGACCGGGACAGAGAAGCCGGGUCCCACUCCUCCUCUUCCCAGGCUGAGAACACUCCCACCACCAACAGCCAUUCAUCCCAGACUAGUGCCAGUUCAACCCCGACCCCGUCCUCUUCCUCCACCACCUCCCACUCUCGCCCUAGCUCUCGUCCCCACCUCCACCGCUCCAACACUCCUCACGGCCUGCCUGCUUACAAGCCCCCCUCCUCAGACAGUCCCCUGCUCUGGACCUACCCCUCAAUGGGCCUCCGCAGACCCCCGGCGUACGACAGCCUACGAGGAGGGUCUCACCUGCCCUCCUUACACCUCCAGGGUCAUGGGGAUGUGGCCUCCAAAAGCAGCACAGUGCCUGGACCAGUCCAGGGGAAGGCUGGGUUUAUGCCCUGGGACAGCAGUGGAUUUGGGGAUGACGGGUCCUACUGGCCCAUGCAGAGAAAACUGUCCUUCAGCCAUGGUAGCAGAGAUACAGAGACUGAAAAGGAUAAAGGGCGUGCAUGGAACGGCAGUGCUGAUGCCCUCCUCAGGAUGGACAAGGAGGAGUUGGGCCCUGGACGAGGAGGUGGAGGCGGAGGCCACUCUGGGAUCCCAGUACGCUUCACAGGAGGGAGGGGGAUGGGCCACAGUGAAUCCGUAGCCGGGAUGGAGGAGGGGUCCUUGGGGUUCCGAGCACUGCCUAGAGGGGGCCUCCCCCUCCCCUGCCAAACCUUCCCAGCCUGCCGUAACGGAGAACUGGGUCGCUUGGGUCGCUCAUCAUCCACCUCUGGGGUGAGGCAGGUCGGAAGCGACGUUCAGAGGCAAAGCAGCCUGCCCCACCGAGAGGCACUAAGUCAAUUGCACGGGGCGUCCCUGUCCUCCCAGACGCCCUGCAGUCCGGGUGUUUCCAGACAGCAGCACCAACUCCAGCUCCACCAGCAGCAGCUCCAGUUGCAGCACCAGCUCCAGCAGCUGCAGCAGCAGCACCACCUCCAGCUGCAGUUCCAGCACCUGGCCCAGCUGGCCCAGGGACAGCCUCCAGCCACCGGGGGCGCCACGGCCUCCACAGCUCAGACCCAGAGGGAUGGCAAGCUGCUGGAGGUCAUCGAGAGGAAGCGCUGCCUGUGCAAGGAGAUCAAAGCGCACCGGCGCCCAGACAAGAGCCUGUGUAAGCAGGACAGCAUGCCCAUCCUGCCCAGCUGGAGACGGACCCCUGAGCCCCGAAAAACGGGCACGCCCCCUUGUCAGAGGCCCCAGGCUGUGGUGUGGGACACGGCCAUCUAAGGGCAGUGAAGGUCCAGCUGUAAGACAGGGACUAGGACCAUGUAGUAAUGAAGGGCUGCUGGCCCGCAGUUGUGGUGAAACAUACGUUUACACGUAGAAAGAGAUGAAUCACCCUCUACAGAAAAAGAUGAUUGGGGAGGGUUUUCUCUCUUCGCGGUGACCGUGUUUUUACCAUGACCUUCACAGAAGAGAGAGAGAGUAUGCAUGAGAGUGAUGAGGGAGUCGCGUGGUCUCAUACGGUAAGACAAACAUCACGUGGAGCCGAAACGAGGUCUACAAAGUUACUAAGCUGUUUAGAUGUGUGGACCAUAAAGCUAAUGAACAUUUGAAAACAAAUCGUGUUACCUAGAGUGAACAACAUAGGGUGUGACUUGGAUAAAGGGAUGCAAGAAGAUGGGUAGUUUCUAUUGAUAGAAAUACCAAUCCAAGAUGGAACCAACAAGAGAUAUACGUACAAUCAAUCAGUAGUGUGGGACUUGUUGAACUGUAGUCUUAGUAUCUUACAAGCCCUUUCUUAAAUCCAUUAUCAUUUCUUAAACACCAAUAAGCUCAGCCUUUAUUGAGACCAAAUGAAAAGGGGUAGUAUUGACAUUAUACGAACAACUAAUUGGCCUAACUUUCCCCUGAUUUAAAAUGACAGUUUCCAUUACCUCGUGGUUUCCAUUAGUUCUCUCGCUCCCCUGUGGUACAUGGUGAUUGGGACGGAGAGUUUGAAUGAGAUUUUAGGUUGAUCCUCAGCAAGACACAUCAUACGUAGACACGCAUACAUGUUCAAGUACACGUACAUGCACGCACACACAAGAACUCCUAUUCUCCAUUGGAAACGAAGCGGGAGGGGAUCCUUAAAUAAACAUCGAAACAUUGCAUAUUUGGUUUGCCUUGUUGUCUGAGUAUCAGUAGAUUGUUGUUGUGGAGAUGAAGUUAUAAUGAUCGAGGACGGAAAUACUACCUAUCUGUUUGCGUAUUUGUAAUGUAAAUAUACAGACUUUCUCAGCGUUUCUGCAAUUUUAUAGCAAUAUGUUGGCAGUGUAAGGGUUACAUUCAUAUUGAAACAUGUCAGUUGGCCAAAACAUAUCUCAACCGUGAACUCAAAGUCAUAGUUAGUGUGUCAUCUCCUGCAUGUCAUUGAACAGGCAGACAGUAUUGUAUAAAACCCUAUCAGUUAAUCAUGUGAAGAUAGUCAUGUGAGAUUGUCCUAUUUUAACAUAGAUCUUGGAGAUUCCAUUAUAUCAGUACACCAUGAAAAGUUCUGCUGAAAUAUCAUGUUGUGGUUGUGUAAAAAAUAUGAAAGUGUUGCUUGGGGAAUCCUUUGAAAAGUGAAUAUUAUGAAAGAUGGCACAUGCUGCACACUCAAAUCAUACUGUACACUUAAUUUAUUCAACACAGAAUUGUACAAAAAGAUCACUGUUAAAAAAGUAUUGCUAAUAACACUGGUCAUGCACAAUAACAUAUUGAUGAUGGGCCUACAGAAAACCACACACAGACACACCUAUUUACACAGCCUAAUCAGCCUUAAGACAGACAGCAGAUAUGGCAGUGCCUCAUCACACCUGUUAACACAGACAGCAGAUAGGGCUGUACCUUAUCAGAACUGGUAACACAGACAGCAGAUAGGGCAGUACCUUAUCAGAACUGGUAACACAGACAGCAGAUAAGGCAGGGCCUCAUCACACCUGUUAACACAGACAGCAGAUAGGGCUGUACCUUAUCAGAACUGGUAACAUAGACAGCAGAUAGGGCAGUACCUUAUCAGAACUGGUAACACAGACAGCAGAUAAGGCAGGGCCUCAUCACACCUGUUAACACAGACAGCAGAUAGGGCUGUACCUUAUCAGAACUGGUAACACAGACAGCAGAUAGGGCAGUACCUUAUCAGAACUGUUAACACAGACAGCAGAUAUGGCAGUGCCUCAUCACACCUGUUAACACAGACAGCAGAUUGGGCAGUACCUUAUCAGAAUUGUUAACACAGACAGCAGAUUGGGCAGUGCCUUAUCAGAACUGUUAACACAGACAGCAGAUAAGGCAGUACCUUAUCAGAACUGUUAACACAGACAGCAGAUUGGGCAGUGCCUUAUCAGAACUGUUAACACAGACAGCAGAUAAUAGGGCAGUGCCUCAUCAAACACAUCUAACAUAAUGCUGGAAGAACCUGCACAAAAACACAGCCUAUGCUUGAAAGAAACAAAUCCCCUAUAUACUACUGUAAAUAGAUGUAAAACUGUAUUGAAAAUGUAGCAAUUAUUUCCACUUUCAUACUUGUAAUCAAUAAAUAUAAUGUAGCAUAUAAUGUAUAAAAACUUUUAUUUGAAGAAAUAGGUACUUUAUCUGUUGCAACUGGUCACACAUUACUGUAUGAUUCUACCAAUAAAUGACAAGCCCUCAAGACAAAGGCACAGUCUCACAAAUGUCGUAUCGUAUUUAUGCAAGAUACCCUUUAAGCAGUACAUACGGUUGUUGUAUUUAUGCCCUUUUCUACAUACAGUUUAUUUAUGUACAGUUUUGAACAACUCAGUUUGAUCAUUGUUUAGAAGUACAUACGGUUGUUGUAUUUAUGCCCUUUUCUACAUACAAUUUAUUUAUGUACAGUUUUGAACAACUCAGUUUGAUCAUUGUUUAGACCUAUUUUGAAAUACUUUGCUGCUAUCUCCAACUAUUACUACUACUAAUGUUGUUUAUUAAAUUACAGUUUCGGUUGUCACAACCACUUUACGUUACAUAACAUUACAGCUUUUGUGGUUAUUGUUACUUGUUUUUAUUUAUGGAAAAAGCCACCUUGAGAUGAUAUGUGUCAUUUGAUGAAUCAGUCCCUCUGUAUUUGUAUUCUGGCACCUGAAUGUCUUCUGGUUGUUGUUGUUGUUGUUUAUUUAGUACAGCACCUGUACAGCUCCAGUUUCACCCGGUGAAAAAGGCUCCAAAAUGUUGCGGUGACAUUGCACCAACCACCGAUGAAUUUUAGGUGGUCGAGGAUAUUAUCACCUGUUAGUUUGGAGACACAGAGAUGAGGGCCACGUUUAGGAGGUGAGGGAAAUGCAUGCAGGAAUUUCUUACACGGAUAACAAUGUCAAAGCUUGGGUUCUGUCCCAAAACCAUUACAAAGUGUGCCCAAUUGUAUUUCAGAUAAACGAAGUAAUCAUAUUGUUUUGUUUUGUAUUAAUCACAACAAUUGAUAACUUAGGCAUAAUUUACAAACAAGUUUACAGAAACUGUCAGAUUUUAAUGUGGACUAAAACAGUGGCCAUUAUAUGAGUGCCAUACUAUACUGAUAUGGUGAGAUACGGUGUACCUGGGAAAUCACUGUAGUGCUAUAUUCGCAUUGAUAUCGUCAUUAAAUAAACAAAUAAAUACAUUUUAUAUAAUGAACAGGA